AAAAAAAUACUUUAUCAAAUCGGUCGUAAUAUAUCCUUAGUUUUAUUUAAUUAAAAUUAAUAAUAUAAAUUGCAUAACGAAAUUGAAAAUAGGUGGAUAAAUAACUAACUCAAAUGUGCAUUAAUAAAAUUUCACAAAAACUCCAAAUAAUUCUUCGUCUAAGGGCGCAAGUAAAAUAAUUCGAAAGAUCUUUUGUGUGAUCCAAUAGAAAAACAAGCCAUCUUUACUGUCAACAAAUUUUCAUUACUGCAAUUUUUAGUUACUCUUAAAAUGUCUCAUAGUCCUUCACCAUCUGCCACUGGCGGUCAACAGCCAAUAGUUAAGAUUGGACACUAUACACUUGGAGCUACAUUAGGUAUAGGAACUUUUGGUAAAGUUAAAAUUGGAGAACAUCAGUUAACAAAGCAUAAAGUUGCUGUAAAAAUUUUAAAUCGUCAGAAAAUCAAAAGUCUUGAUGUGGUUGGGAAAAUUCGUAGAGAAAUUCAAAAUUUAAAGUUGUUUCGUCAUCCACAUAUAAUAAAAUUAUAUCAGGUCAUAUCAACUCCAACAGACAUUUUCAUGAUCAUGGAGUAUGUUAGCGGGGGAGAGUUAUUCGAUUACAUUGUUAAGCACGGAAAAUUACAAGAACAUGAAGCAAGGAGAUUUUUUCAACAAAUUAUAUCAGGGGUAGAUUACUGUCACAGACAUAUGAUAGUUCAUCGGGAUUUGAAACCUGAAAACCUUUUACUUGACCAUAACAUGCACGUAAAAAUCGCUGAUUUUGGUUUAUCUAAUAUGAUGUUGGAUGGUGAAUUCUUAAGAACAAGUUGUGGUUCACCUAACUAUGCAGCACCGGAAGUAAUUUCAGGAAAGCUUUAUGCUGGACCAGAAGUUGAUAUUUGGUCUUGUGGAGUAAUAUUAUACGCAUUACUUUGUGGCACUUUGCCAUUUGAUGACGAGCAUGUUCCGACAUUAUUCCGCAAAAUAAAAUCUGGAAUAUUCCCAAUACCUGAGUAUUUAAACAAACAAGUGGUAAAUUUGGUAUGUCAAAUGUUACAGGUAGACCCAUUAAAACGUGCAACAAUUGAAGAGAUAAAAAAACAUGAGUGGUUUCAGAAAGAUCUACCGAGUUAUUUGUUUCCAUCAUCUAUUGAACAAGAUAGCAAUGUAAUUGAUACCUACGCUGUGUCUGAAGUGUGCGAUAAAUUUGGUGUCAAAGAGUCAGAAGUUCAUAAUGCUCUGUUAAGCGGAGAUCCACAUGACCAGCUAGCUAUCGCAUAUCAUUUAAUUAUAGACAAUAAACGUUUUGCCGAUGAGGCUGCCAAAGCAGAAAUCAAAGAUUUCUUUGUAGCUGGAAGUCCUCCACCCGUAAAUAUUGGCUCCGUUGAUAAAAAAUCAGAUGAUAUACAACCAGGCAGUUCCGUUGGCAGCACAGGCAGCGCUGGAAGUUCUGCACCUAUUCGUCCUCAUCCAGAAAGGAUCGCACCUUUGCGUGAAAGAGUAUUGAAUGCUAAUACUGGUCCAACAACCAUAUCUAUUCAAGAGAAACAUAGAGGAACGCCAAUUAAAAGAGCUAAGUGGCAUUUGGGCAUUAGAUCUCAAAGUAAGCCUAAUGAUAUUAUGUUAGAAGUCUAUAGAGCCAUGAAAACCCUUGAUUAUGAAUGGAAAAUUAUAAAUCCCUUCCACGUUCGGGUUAGGAGACUUAACAAACAAUCCGGAAAAUACGCAAAAAUGUCAUUGCAAUUGUAUCAAGUUGACGCUAAAAGCUAUUUACUUGAUUUUAAAUCACUUACAAACGAUGAAGUUGAACAAGGAGACGAUGUUAUAAUGGAAAGCUUAACCCCACCACCGCUAUCAACAACUGGUUGUGGUACCUUGAUGCCUCAUCAAACGACCGGUCAUCAUACAAUGGAAUUUUUCGAAAUGUGUGCUGCUUUAAUAAUUCAAUUAGCACGAUAAAUUAAAGAUUUUUGGCUGUUUUUAGUUUCUUUUUAUAACACACUUUAAUACAAUAAUUUUUAAUUCUUUUUUUUAUCGUUAAAAUAAAUGUUCAAAACAAGAUAUAUGCAAGUAUAUAACGUUGCAAUAUUUCAUAAAAAGUUAUGCUUUUAUAAUAUGUAUUUUUUAUAUAUGUAUAUAUAUUUUUUUUUGUUUUUGUUUUCAUCUUAGAUUUUUAGUAUAUAAGGCAAAAAUUAUUAUUGUAUGACUUGUCUGUCGUAAUAUUCAUUAAUAUUAUCAUUAUAAAAUUAAAAUUGAAAUAAAGCGAUGCGGCGACCAA